AUGACAGAAGCAAACCCAAACCCACACAGCCCAAAAUCACGAAUUCCUCGAAAAUAUAGCUUUAACGAAACUGCGAAACCUUUUAAAACUUUGUCUCAAUCCACAUCAAGAGCAUAUAUCCCAAUUGCAUUGCCUCGAUCCUCCAAAAAUUCCUUUAUAACCCCAGACUCAUCAGCCACAACAUCUGCAGGUCUAACCCCAAAACACCGUGCCUCUUUCCACCAAAAAUCUGAAAGCCUAAGCAGCAACCUCAGCUUUUCCGAGUUAAAAUGCAAUUCUCCUGUAAAAUAUGAAUAUUCAGCUUUAAAUUAUUCCCAAACCAAAGCUUCAGCUUACACAUCAGAAUUAACAAAAAAAGACUCAAUAAUUGUCGAUCUCAAUUUAAGGCUGCACGAAAAAAACAUCCUUAUAAAAAAUUUAAAAGAGCAGCUUUCUAAUGGAGAAUUAAAAGAAAUUAAGAAAAAACUUGAAGAAAAAGAAGCAGAAUGCGAAAGAUUGAAAGAGCAAUUAAACACAAACCAAAAAGAAUGCAUUGAAAAAUUAGAAAAAGAAACACAAAGGCUUUUAAAUCUUUUAAAAGAAGGAGAUAAUAAGCUGGAAGCUUUGAAAAAAGAAAUUGAGAGCCUUAAUGAAAUAAAUUCCAAACUGCAGACAAAACAAGGAAGUAUGGUAAAAGCUAUUUCUAAUUACAACAAAGAAAUGAAAAUUAUGAAAGUUUUAAAAUACAGAAAUAUCACUUAUGAAGAAAUGCAUAAAAUAGAAAAACAGUUUACUGAAAUCGAAGAAAUACAAAAUAAAUUAAUUCAAGAAAACAGUGAGCUGAAGCUGCAGCUGGCACAGAUGAAAUUAGAAAAAGAAUGCAGCGGACGAGGCGAAGCAAGAGACCUCGCCAGCGAAUUGUUUAAAAUAAUGCUAGAGCUGACUCAGCUUGUACGAGUAGUAAGCAUAAUGCAUACUGGCCAACGAGUAGAUUUAUCUAUUAUCCUUUGCGUUGCUCAACAGAUCCAAGAAGUCACAGGGGAGCCUCUUGACCAAUGCAAAGAAAUUACCGCUAUAAUCAGAAAAGACCUUUCAGAGCUCAGGAGCAUUAUUUCUGAUGCUUACGCUGAACACUGUGGCGAAAAAUGUACAACUCAAUAA